AUGCUAAAAAGCUGCACAAGAAUUACCAAAGCAGAAAAAUAUGUGCACUUUUUUAAACGAAGUGCCUCCAGUUCGGCACAAUCAAGUGAUUCUGAUGCAGUAGCACAGAAUUAUUGCCUUGGGUUGGUUAGACAACACGAUAAAGAAAACUUUCUCUGUUCUUUACUUUUGAAAAAUCCUGAACGUCGCCAAGCCCUGGCCAUAAGAGCUUUCAACGUGGAGAUUGCUCGUAUAACCAGCACUGUCAGCGAUGACAAAAUAGGUCAAAUGCGGCUUAAAUUCUGGGACGAUGCAGUAAAUAGUCUUUAUAAGACAGAUUCAAAGCAGGUUCCAGAACAACCAGUAAUAAGGGAAAUCAAAAAAGUCAUCGACGAUCGUAAGCUUACAAAGCGGUACUUUCAACGCAUCAUUAGUGCGCGACUAAACGCCAAUUUACGCUUCCUCACCGCCAAACAGCUCGAGGACUAUGUUGAGGAUUCUGUUUCAACAGUAUUGUACUUGUUAUUAGAAACUCAUGGUAUCAAGAAUGUGCAAGCGGAUCACUUAGCAUCUCAUCUCGGCAAAGCCCAGGGAAUAGUAAAUUUGCUGCGAUCUAUCCCUCGUCAAGAGCGAAGAAAUGUUGUACCAAUACCACAGGACAUACUCAUGCAGCAUGGCGUUAGUCAGGAACGCAUGUUACGAAAUCAGAAGGGCGAUAAAGGAGUCGAGGAAGUCGUUUUUCAUAUGGCAGGAACAGCACACCAGCACCUUGAGAAGGCGCGAAAUUUGCUAGUUUCCGUGCCCAAGGCGGCGAAACCUGUCUUUCUACCCGGCGUAGCAGUCGGAAGAUUUUUAGAGCGACUGCGACGAGCCGACUUUCACCUGACUGAUCCAAACUUGCUGCGAAGCGAUUCUUUGCUACCCUGGUCGUUAUAUUGGAACUAUUUUCGAGGAAGAUUUUAGUUUGUUGUAUUACCUACUGACUGAGCGUAUUUCGUACGGAAAUAGUGUCAUUUAAUAUAAUAGGCUAGAUCAAAAGAAUAAUUUUAAAUUAUUUUCGAGUAUUCUUAAAUUAACU